AAGGUUGUUCUAACAUAGAAUCAGUGUGGACGGAUGAUCGAUGGUCGGUGUGGACUCAGUGGGCCGAAUGGCCUGUUUGCCUGCUGCAUCUCUAAAAACAAACAACAAAAUGAGACUCUGAGCAGGGAGCGGCCGGGAUGGCUGGCUUCCACUCACUGGCAAUUUACACGACCCAGGCAUUACACCGAAUAAUUUCAUCAUCUGACCAAGCACUUACAACUAUCUUAUUAUUAACUCAUCUUCCAAGGAAUAAGAUCUGAUCUCAGCCGUUUCCCACCAAACCUAAACACGAUGCUGACGCGGGGAGGAAGCUCUGUCCAUACUAGUAGCCCACCUUUCAUCUGAUUCCGGUGCCCACGACCAACACGUUGAGCAAACAUGAGUCAGUGUUUGAAUGUGGUUGAGGAGCAGUGUAUAAAGACCGAAGGCAGCGAGGUGAAGGCAGAUUAAGAGAGAGAAGCAGCAACUUUACUCUGAGAACCCAGCUAGCUGAUCCCACACGAGACAGAAUGAAAUCCUUCCUCCUCGCCAUCGCUGCCGUGCAGAUCCUCCACUGCUCAGGACUGCCAAGCACCAAGGAUGCUCUGAGAGCUUCAGUUGUAAAGUUGAAUGAAAUCACCGAGAUCACCAACCUGUGUGCGAUCACUAGGAGAGGUGUAACAACUACCUAUCGCACGGGUAAGCUGUCAUACAACGUGGAUUUAACAUUCUCCGUAAAAGAAACCGUCUGCUCCAAGAAUUCUGGACAGGAAUUUGAUGAUCCCAUUUGCACCUUCCGCCCUAAGAACAUUGCUGAGAAAGGGUUUUGCAAAAGCCGCGUGGAAUAUUUUGCUGAUAAGGUGGCUGACGUAGAUGUGGAGUGUGAAGGUCUGAAGACCAUUGACAGUGAGAGUGACUCAACAGAGUCCAAUGAAACCAGUAUUGAGGCUCAAAGCAAAACAAAUGAGACAUCACUAGAGGAAACCACAAGUGUGGAAAGCAAGUCAGAAGAAACUUCACUGGAAGAAUCUUCAAAUGUGGAAAGCAAGUCAGAAGAAACUUCACUGGAAGAUUCUUCAAAUGAAAAAUCCAAAUCAACAGAGACAUCGCUAGAAGAUCCAGACAAUGUAAAAGACAAGUCAAAAGAGUCAUCAAUUGAGGAGUCUUCCAAUAUGAAAAGCAAGUCAACAGAAUUAUCUCAGGAGGAGUCUUCAAACGAGGGAAUGAGGUCUCAAAAGGAAGACACUAACCAUGAAUGAAACUCCUGAGAACCUGAACUCAGUGUGAACACAAGAAGACCUCAUUCAGAAUAAACAAGAUAUUGUCACCUGUACUGUACUUGCCCAUAUACAAGGACAGGGGCCUGGAGCUCCUGACUGUACAUACCACUGUAACUGGGAGAUUCUACUGUUUGUAAAUAUUCUAUUCUGUGCUGUAUAUUAUUGUGUAAUAUGUUAU